UAAAUAGUUUAUUUCAUGGUUUUUCUCGACUACAUUAUCAUAGCAAAGUUUGUGCAAAUACUCAACUGCUCCUUUCCGGGUUCAUUUACCAUUCAAUAAAAUUAGAAGAAUCAAAAUAGCAUUUUCUAUACCCACUGCCAGCAGAUUUUAUCAACGCAAUAAAUAUGCCUUUUUCACAAGAACUAGAUAUCAUCAUUUUUUGUCUGUAGAAAGAAUGACUGAAUCAGUAUGAAGUAGUCAUCAAGAUAAUGCCGAGAAAAAAGAAAAAUGGUGGUUUACGUGGAAAACGUAAAAGAAAAAGACCACAGUUUACAAAUGAGAGAAAAGUGAUCUUGACGUCUUCCACACACGAUGACCAUGAUGAUUAUACUUGUGAAGAAGAUAAUACAUUCUUAUUUUCAUCUUUGAAACGCAUGAGGUUUACGAUAAUCAAUGACAAAGAAGCCAAGAAAAAUGAGAUGUUAUCCCCAGUUUUCCCUUCACAGAAUCAACAUGUCAUACGACCAACAAGUAGAGAUAUAAACAUCAAUGAAACUCAAUUUAAAAGGAAAGGACUUUUCGAUGAACAUAAAUAUUUUCAUGGAAAAAGAAGAAAAUUCGGGGAAUUCCAAAAAGGAAAUAUUGGGCCUAAUCAAAUUCAUCAUGUCAGUGGAAGCAAGAAAGCAACGAGCAACCAGGACAGUUCUUCAACAGCUGCUCCAUCAAGUUUUUCCUGCCUAAAAAGCCUUUGUGAUAAAACGGUUUCUCCGGAAGACGCAUCUUCAAGAAUCUGUGAAGAGACGCAACUUCAACGUUUUGAAGCAUUAUUACACCAAAGCGAUCUCAACGAUGACAUGAUGAAAUUGGUCUUGUCAGUUAUAUACAAAGUUUGCAAGUCAACCAUAUCAAAACAUCAAACUAAAGUUUUUGCUAUUUUGAAUAAAGAACGAGUAUUCUGGAAUAACCUUAUGGAUUUUGUUGGAAAACUCGAAAAAGAUUCUUUUCACGAAAAGAAUAGUGACAUUUCUAGCAUUAUAAGACAUGUUGCCACGAUGUUUAAAAGUUCACUAGAUCUUUUACCCGAAUUAUAUUCCAGGAUUCCAUUUUUGCAAUUAAAAAACUCGGUUUCCUUUCUUAAAGAGAAUAGUCUUGUAUCGAUCGAUAGUACCCUGGAUAAUCUUUUAUCUGAGGUCGAAAAGAAGUAUGAGCAAGUUAGGAAAAAGACUCGCGAAAACAAAGAGUUACAAGCGCAGCCACCCGAAGACUUUAGAAGUCUUAACGUAUUUCCAACGGCUGAAGAUAUAUUUAAGAAACCAUUUCUUAGAAAAAAUAUUAUUAAAUUGUCAUUCACCAAUGUUGAUCAUUAUCUGGACGUACACUUUCGCCUGCUAAAAGAGGACUCGUUGGCGGACCUACGCAAUGGAAUUUUAGAGCUGCGAAAACGUUUUAAACACAAGCAAUACGGACAAAUAGCUAGUACGAAUCUAGAAAAGAAUUACAACAGUGGAAAAAGCAAUGUGGUGGUGUUUCAUAAAGUCUCCAUUAAAGAUAAUGUCCAGACAAACAGCCGAAGUGUUGUCAAAGGAUUGGUUUAUAAUGUAUCAUUUGAUGUUAAACAUCCAUCAGUGAAAUUUAUCAACUGGUCGCGAUCGAAACGACUUCUUUUUGGCUCUCUAGUUUGUUUAAUAUCAAACGACUUUAGAAAGCUUCAUUUUGCAACCGUUCAGGAUCGAGAUUCUAAGAUGCUAGAACAAGGCGUAGUGCAAGUUUGUUUUGAGAAACAUGAUUGCCCUGAUUUUUACGAUCUACAGGAUGAGUAUCAAAUGGUGGAAAGCAGUUCAGCCUAUUUUGUCGCAUAUCGUCAUAUUCUUGAGCGUCUACAGCAACUAAGCGAAGAAAAUAUGCCAUUUCAGAAAUACAUUGUGUCAUGUAAACAGCAAAUUGACAUGCCGGCUUAUCUCAAAAUGAAACCAUCAGAAGAAAAGAAUCCUCUAAUGAUUAACCUAAAUUCUGCUAGAAUCAAGAAAUUAAAUACAAAAUAUUAUGAUUCCGAAGAAGAGAGCCGAAAGUUAUGUGUCAAUCCACAUGACCUAAGCACUUGGCCUGAUGGUGAUGUAAUUGGUUUGAAUAAAUCUCAAUACGAAGCAUUUCGUUGGGCUUUACGAAGAGAGUUUGUUGUCAUUCAAGGUCCACCUGGUACUGGUAAGACAUAUCUAGGUUUGAAAAUCGCUCACACUCUGUUGAACAACGAUAAUCUCUGGAAAAAAAGUGAUGAAAGGAUUUCAUGUCCUAUACUUAUGCUCGCCUACACUAAUCAUGCUUUGGAUUCAUUUUUAGAAGGUCUGGACGUCGAUUCAAAAGAUAUUAUCCGAGUAGGAGGACGUUCAUCAAAUGAAGUUCUCAAGCAAUGUAAUAUCAAUAAUGUACGACGAGAGCGGCGACAAGUCUACAGAGACAAUAAUGUACGACGUAGAGGACGAAAAAGAUUCCGUGAAGUUGAAAUGAAGAAACAUGAGUGUCAGGAAAGGCUUAGCAGAUUGAGGGCAAUCUACACGAAAUCUUUUCAGGGAAUUUUGCCCGCGCGGGAGUUUCGUCAGGUCAUGUCAAAUGACUGGAAACACCAUUUUGAGAACGAAAAUAUGAUUCAGUUUCUCGGAAUCAACCUUAAACCAGCAAUUUAUCAUCAAAUUGUUGAUAAUUAUGAUGAAUAUUAUGGAGACGAGACAGGUGGAUAUUUUUACACUGGUAACAUGGAAGAUGAAGAUAAACAGUCUUCGAGUGAGGACACGAUAUUGCUUUGUUCUGCUGAAGAAACAACUCACCCUGAUGGUCUACUUGAUCUUUUGAAGAAUGAGCAAGAAACUAAUGAAAAUCUUCAUGAUGGAUUCCCCAUGUAUUAUCAUGGGGAUCUACCCAUGACAGAACGGUGGACAUAUUACUUACAUUGGCUUUCCAGACUUCGACAAAAUUUGCCAAAUGAAAUAGCAAAGGAGCAAAGCAAGUAUCUUGAGCUCAGCACUGAGUAUGAAGAAAUGCGUAAUGUGGAAGAUCUUGCAAUACUACAGAGUUGUCGAGUGGUUGGAAUGACAACAACGUGUGCAUCAAAGAAACAUAAUCUUCUUAGUCAACUUCAACCUCGUGUUGUUAUCAUUGAAGAGGCAGCUGAGUUGUUCGAAGCUCACAUUAUUGCUUGUUUAACACAACAUUGUCAACAUCUUAUUCUCAUUGGAGAUCAUCAACAACUCCGACCAAAUCCAAGCGUUUACAAACUAGGCAAGCAAUAUAGCCUUGAUGUGUCGUUGAUGGAAAGAAUGAUUGAAACAGGGGUCCCGUAUAGCCGUUUGUCGGUUCAGCAUAGGAUGCGACCGGAAAUUUCCAACUUAUUUCGUCAUAUUUAUGAAAACCUGGAAGAUCACGAGUCUGUAAACGAGUACGAAAACAUUCGAGGUGUAGAGCAUAAUUUGUACUUUAUCGAUCAUGAUCAAUCUGAAAAUGUCCACGAUAAUGUUCAUAGCAAAGUUAAUCAUCACGAAGCAAAAUUUAUGGCUGAGCUCGCUUUGUAUUUUAUGAAACAAGGUUACUUGUCCUCCAAGAUUACUAUUUUAACAACCUACAAAGGUCAAAUGUUCGUCAUUCGUGACUUGAUGAAGACGAUAGGCGAGGAAUAUGAAAGUGACAUGCCACGUGUUGCUUGCGUUGAUAAUUAUCAGGGGGAAGAAAACGAUAUCAUUCUUCUGUCUUUGGUUCGAAAUAAUCAAGACGAAGACAUUGGAUUUUUAAAAACUGAUAAUCGUGUAUGUGUUUCUCUGUCGAGGGCUCGUAAAGCACUUUAUAUCAUUGGUAACAGCAAAAUUUUAUCCAAGCAAAGCUUACUCUGGGAGAAAAUAGUGAAAGACCUCAGACAAAAUCAUUGUCUUGGUCCCGCAUUAGCUCUUGUGUGUAGUAAUCAUCAAACAAAGAACUUUGUCAGGACAGCUGAAGAUUUUAAAAAACUAGCUCCUAAUGGAGGUUGUUUGGAAAAAUGUGAACAUCGUCUCGAUUGUGGCCAUGCUUGUCCUCAGAUGUGUCAUCCUAGCAGCCACGACAACUACAAAUGUAUGAAACCGUGCAGAAGAAAUGUGGCUGAUUGUGAAGUUUUAGGUCAUCAAUGCACUAAACUGUGUCACGAGAUUUGCGACCAGAAUUGCAAAUAUCCUGUGGAGAAGAGACUUAACUGUGGCCAUUGGAAGACUUUGCCUUGUAGUGAAGAAAGCUUCGUAAACUUCGUUCACUGUGAAGAAAGAUGUGAAAAAACUCUUGCAUGUGGGCAUAGAUGUCAGGCAAAAUGCAGUAAACCGUGUACUAAAGAUUGCCAAGAACUGGUGAAGAAAACUGAUUUCUCAUGUGGACAUGAAAAUACGAUGGCUUGCUCAGCAACGCAAAAAGAUUGUAAUGUUCCAUGUGAGGCCAUUUUAGAAUGUGGACACCCUUGCAAAGGAAAAUGCGGGCAAUGUAUUCAAGGCAGAGUACACGUAAAAUGCAAAGAGAAAUGCGAUAGAAAUCUUGUAUGUUCUCAUCAAUGUAAAAGCUUUUGCUCAAAGAAUUGUCCUCCUUGUGAGAGAAAGUGUGAACGCCAUUGCAUUCACAGCAAAUGCCAAAAGAAAUGUGGAGAGGUUUGUGUACCUUGCAAAGAGUCUUGUGAAUGGAAAUGUGAACAUCUUCAGUGCACCAAACUCUGCAGUGAUAUCUGCAAUCGGCCAAGAUGUAAUGAACCGUGUUAUAAGAACCUUAAAUGUGGUCAUAAAUGCCGAAGUCUUUGUGGUGAACCGUGUGUUUGUGUUGUGUGUGACAAAAAUAAUGAUAAUGACGUCACAGACAUAUUGUUUGGAAAUGAAGACGCUGAUGAUGCAAGGUUCAUCAAGUUAUCUGAGUGUGACCAUAUUUUUGAGCAAACUGGUAUGGACAAAUACAUGGAUGGUCAGGUAAAUAAUGAAAUCAAGCCAAAAGUUUGUCCUCUCUGUCGGAUACCGAUCAUGAAAUCAUUGAGGUAUGGGAACAUUUUGAAGACAAUUCAAAACGACAUUGAUGUGGUAAAAAAAGAGAUUUUAGGAAAUAGAAAUUUGGUAGAUGCGUUGAAAACAAUGCAGAAUCUUUUGCCUUCGGGAAAUAUACUGGAUGAAUUAUUAAAAUGUCCUGAAGAUAUGCUGCCGAAUAAUUUGGAGGAAUUGCUAAAAAAACUUAAAGUUUUCAUGAAUAAAAAAACAUUGUGUGAGAAUGAUAUGAUGCUGUUGUCGUCAGAAAUAUUGCUCAUAAAUAAUUGGCGUUGUGUUAGCAUGCACUACUGGGAAUCUUUAAUCAAUUUUGAAAAUCGAUCUGCUGCCCAAGUCGCCUUUGAAAGAGAAAUGCAGUUCCUGCUGAGUAAGAUGGUUGUGGUUCCGAACAACACAAGCACUCGCAUUCUUAAUGAUUUGAAUUUAGAGCUGCAACGAUUGUCUCUUAAAAGGGACCUUCUGAUAUUGAAGACAAAUUGUAAUCGUUUAAAUAUUACACUUGAUGAAGACGAUGAAGAUAUCGUAAAAAGAAUACUGAACGCUCUUAAAACUCCGGACACCAUUAAGGAAAAUUCUUUAACAAAGUUUAAAAAAGGAGUAGCUGAUAUUUUUUCUCGAUAUCCUCAACUCACACCGAUCACACAAGAAGAAAGAGUAGAAAUCGUAAGUGCAAUGGGAUUCAAACAAGGCCAUUGGUUUAAGUGCAGUUGCAGUUUCAUUUAUGCCAUUGGAGAAUGCGGUGGAGCAAUGGAGGAAAGCAAAUGUCCAGAUUGUGGUGCAACUAUUGGUGGUCAGCAACAUCGUCUUGCUGAUAAUAAUGAAUUGGCACCAGAAAUGGACGGAGCGACACAUCCAGCAUGGUCAGAUCGAGCUAACAUGGCAAACUAUCAACUUGAUUGAAUCUUGUGGGCAUUAUUAUAAGGAAUAGUAAAUGAAAGUGCACUUUUUUUUUCAGAGAAAUUAUUCUAUAAUAUAAUCAUGAUAAAUUAAUCACCGCGUAAGCCAUAUAAUAAUAAUGAUCGUCAAAAUACAGGAGAGAAUCAACAAGGAAACGAAACAUUUUCCCCUUUUUUUUACUUGUAGCUGUAGACCAAUUAAAUAUAACAUUUACAAUAAAAAACAUCAAUUUUUA